UUCCAAACAAACCCUUUAUUUCACACUUCCGUUUCAUUGACAAGCACGUAGGCUUUUCUUUUCUUAAUUGCUUUUCGGUGAAAAUGGCACCUAAAAAUCCUCCUGAGAAGUCCGCAAAGCCCGGUGAGAAAAAGCCGGAAAAGAAGCCAACGGCUGCCGCCCCUUCAACAAUGAAAAAGCCUGCUAGUGCCAAGAAACCGGCUGCAGUUCCUGUCGCUGUUCCGCCAGCAGUUAAAAAACCUGUCCCUGUGAAAAAGACAGCCGUUAUCAAGGCCAAGCCUAAAAUUAAAGAUGCAAAGAAAAAGAUCGCAGCAGCUGGUAAAAAGCCUCAGGCAAGCUUAGCUAAAUUAUCGGCAAAAGCUCGAGCUGCUGCCAAAACCAAAGCUAAAAAGCCGCCAGUAGCUAAAGCAAAAGCUGUAGCUGUCUUGAAAGCCAAAAAGGCUCAAACAAAGAUCAUUAAAGGUGCCUUUGGUACGCGAACUCGUAAAGUCCGUACUAGCGUUCAUUUUCGUAGACCGAAGACAUUGAAAUUACCACGGAAACCUAAAUAUCCCAGAAAAUCCGUACCCACCAGAAAUCGUAUGGACGCCUAUAACAUAAUUAAAUAUCCGUUAACUACUGAGGCGGCGAUGAAGAAAAUUGAAGAUAACAAUACUUUGGUGUUCUUAACUCAUUUGCGGGCCAAUAAAAAUCAUGUGCGAGCUGCUGUACGCAAACUCUAUGAUAUUAAAGUAGCCAAAGUUAAUAUUCUAAUUAGGCCCGACGGCCAAAAGAAGGCGUAUGUACGUUUGGCUCGUGACUAUGACGCGUUGGAUAUUGCCAACAAAAUCGGCAUCAUAUAGAUUCUGCCUUCUUUCUUUUUUUUAGAAAUAUGUGAAAAAUGAAAAAAAAAUACAUUUGCUUUGGACACUAAUA